AUGAGCAACCUCCCCGACUCCCUUCCUCUUUAUGAAGUUUCCCAGCUGCCAUCAAAUGCCCCAGGGCAUGGCCUGAAGGCUCAUGAGACCACCAACUUGCUGAAGCUAAACCUACAGCCUCUCGAUGGGAAUUGCCAUCUUCCCCAACCAGAGGCGACUGCUACUGCUGUGGCUGUUGUUGGGGACUGCCAUCUUCCCCACCCUGAGAUUCCUCCUCUUGCUGCUGUUGUGGCUGUUGGUGGGGAUUGCCAUCUUCCCCACCCACCACUUCUUAAAAAACAAGCAUCUCUGGACCCUGCCAAUAUGGCCAACUAUUGACCAGUCUCAAAUCUUCCAUUCUUGGGCAAGGUGAUUGAGCGGGUGGUUGCUGAACAACUCCAGGCAUGCCUGGAGGAUGCUGGCCACUUGGAUCCUUUCCAGUCGGGAUUCAGGCUUCAUCAAGGGACUGAACUGCCUUGAGUCAAAACAUGCUAGUCGAAGAUCUCCAGCAGGCCAAGGACCAAGGUGAAAGCUAUUUCCUGGUCCUGCUGGAUCUCUCAGCGGCCUUUGACACCAUUGAUCAUGACAUCCUUCUGGAUCGUCUAAAGGAGUUGGGAGCUGGGGGCACUGUUAUACAUUCAGAAAGGUAUUUCAUAAACCUUCCUGCCAAGAAAUAUUGCAAAUCUGAUUAAAAUUCUGUGGUCUUCAUCUUAACAUUUCUGCAGAUAUCUGAGCUGAACAGGGAUCUCCAUAAUCAGCUUGCUUUAGGCAAAAUACACUUGGUGGCUUUUUGUUGCACUAUCAAACUAUACAAAUGAUUUGCUUUUUAGGGAGAUUUGUUUUGAGAUUCUCAUCCUCUAUGCUUUCUGGUGUCACCUUUUUCACUUCUCUUGAAAUGACAGUAAUUUUCCCAGUGUUGUAAAUGGCAUGUGACUAAAGUAUAUUUCAUUGCCUUUUGUUGAACAACUCAAACAUCGGAUGAAUUGUACUAACAAACCUGAUAAAAAUAAGACUCUGGUUAUCACUCCCCCCCCCUCCUGAUGUGAAGUAGCUUCCUUAGCUUUCCAUUAUAAAAGCAUUUCUUAGAUGCAUAUGAUUAACACCAAUUUUCUCCCAGUAGGUUCUUCUAAAUCAGAAAUCUGAAUUGCACAGAUUUACUGGAAACUCUGCAUCAAUAUUAUUACUUCCACUGAGAUUUUUCGCUUAUAGUUUUUCAAAAAAUGGGAUUUGCAGACACAGAAACAGAGCCAUUUAGACCAUUGUUCUUAAAAAUUUAGCCUGUCUGCACAUUAUAUUUAUUUAACUACUCACCCCCCCUUUAUUCUUGGGUUUCUUUUUCUUUUUCUCAGGUUCUUUUUCUGUUGCUUCUGUAUUCCACCAGGAAUCAGAAGUGCCAAUUCACACAAUGUUCGCAUUUAUUAGCAACACUAAACAGGAUACAACACCAAAUGUAAGGUACUUUCCCUGCAGCAGAACGACUAAUCUUCUGCACCAUUCUCAAUGGGACACAUCAAUUUGUUUAAUGGUGCACAAGAAUGUUAGGCUUUAGACUAGAUACAAUGAGAAAUAAUUCUUUGAAAUUUCAAGACUGGAAGCAGCAAAAAGCGAGCUAUUUAACUAAGAAUUAGACUCAGUUGCGAAACAAACCAUAAUCUUGGUAAGAAUACACCAGGUUUGAGUAAGAAAAACCUGGUGGAUGAUGAUGUAUCUGAACAAAAAAAAGAGAAAGAAAAAAGAAUGUUAGGUCUGAAAAUGAAUAGGAGCAGAAACACCCUUCAUUCAUAUUAUUAAACUUAGAUGAGGGGCAUCUAAUGGCUGCUCUGCACAAUAAGAACUUGAGAACUAGACCUAUGCCGAAAAAAAUUACCUUGUUUCCAUCCCAACCUUUGUCCAUCACUUAAUGUGAAAAGCAAUUGCAUUUGAAAAUUCUCAAAGGGAAGAGGGAAUUUCAGUGAAAUUCUCAUGUGUGAGGUGCUGUUCUUUUGUUUUGCUUACUUUACUCUUGAGGUGACCUGGAAUGUUGUGAGUGUCCUUUCUUUCAGUCUGUAAAUCAACUGUCCAGGGGUCUGCACUCCACAGGCUUUCAAAGUGCCUGCGCUUUGAUCAAAGCACAGGGAAAACCUGUGGAUUUAUCCAUUGGAUGCAUCCUUUCUGUGGAGCUUUUUCAUAACAGGAGUUCUGGCAGCCAGGGAGGCUGCAGAGUGCUGGAUAAAGGUUUACUGUAAAGAAAAUGACGUGUACCAUUCUUUUUCACUUUGUAAACUCAAAUUUUGCCCCUAGGUAAAAACCCUGCUUCUAAAACAACAACAACAACAACACCCUGAACCAACUAAAUAAAUUUGCAAGUACAUUGGAAGCUGCAGAGUGCUUAGAGGAAUGCCUGUAGCACUGCUGUAGAACAUCAACUUUGCAUGCAAAAGGUCCCAGGUUUAAUAUCCAGAUAGCUGAAAGAGACUUAUGUCUGAAAUCUUGGAGAGCUGCUGCCAGUAAGGAAUCCUGAGCUAGGCGGAUCAUUAGUUUGUCAGAUUAUAAGGCAGCUUCCCAUAGUGUGGCUCAUUGAUUGUUAGUGGGAUCACUGACUGAGUGUUUGUGGGGGUGGGUGGGGAAAGUAAGGAUUUGGCCCACCAGCCAGAUUCAGCCCAUCUCUGACUGAGUUAGAUACAAUUCUCUAGCAAUAUAGCCAGCUCAAUGACUGCUUCAUUUGAUAUUUGGAAGCCAGUUCUCUUGGGUCUGCAGUGUCCUCGUCUGGUAAGGAGUUGGAAUCUUGGACCAUUCACAGCUUCUGGCCAGGGUUGUGCUUCAGGUCUCAUUGCCUGCACUGUCAUGGCUAGUGAAAUGGAAAUUGCUGCAGUGUUUGUGGUCCAGAAUAAAAAAUCAGUCAUGUGAAUGUGAUCAGUUUUUGUUCACGUCAUUGUUUCAAAGUCCACAAAUGAUAAGGAAUUAAUUACUUUCUUUUUACAUUGUUUUGACAUUUCCUUUACAUAAAAAUGAACGGAAGUUGCUUAUACAGUUGGGUAUGUUAUUGUACUACCAACCUUACUGUAUGCUUGUGAAACAUGGACCACUUAUAAACGCCAGCUCCAACUUCUUGAAAGAUUCCAUCAACGGUGUCUCAGAAAAUUUUUUAUACAUUACUUGGGAAGACAGGCGAACUAAUACCAGUGUACUAGAAGAAGCAAAGAUCACCAAUGUUGAAGCAAUGAUUCUUCAACAUCAACUUAGUUGGACUGGUCAUGUUGUGCGAAUGCCUGAUUAUCGUCUUCCAAAGCAACUACUCUAUUCCAAACUUAAAAAUGGAAAACGUAAUGCUGGUGGUCAACAAAAGAGGUUUAAAGACUGUCUCAAGGCAAAUCUAAAAAAAUGUAAUUUAAACACCAGCAAUUGGGAAACACUUGCCUGCGAGCGCUCCAAUUGAAGAACAGCCUUUACCAAAGGUGUCAUGGGCUUUGAAGACCCUCAAACUCAGGACACAAGGGAGAAACAUGCUAAGAGGAAGGCAUGCUUGGCAAAUCCACACCGUGAUCAGCUCCCAUCAGAAAACCAAUGUCCCUACUGUGGAAGGAUGUGUGGAUCCAGAAUUGGCCUCCACAGUCACUUACGGACGCAUUGUUAAAACCGUGUUUAUGGAAGACAAUCUUACUCGGCUACGAAUGAUCGCCAAGAAGAUCAGUUACCCAAGUUAUGGUUAAGUAUUGGACAGUGAGAUGAAUAACAUGGUGUUUGGUGGAAACUGAAGUGCAGCAGAAUGGAAAUGGUGCUGAUUGUGAUGAAUGCAGGCCAGAAUGAAAAUUGCUGCCUUCUUGAAUCCCCAUUGCGUUCCCCAUCUCCUGAGUCCUCUUCCCAAAGUUUGAGCUUUGUCCCUGUGCCCCAUGUCCUCAGUGCAGUACCCCCAACCCCCACAUGUAAAGGUAAAGGGACCCCUGAGCAUUAGGUCCAGUCGUGGCCAACUCUGGAGUUGCGGCGCUCAUCUCGCUUUACUGGCCGAGGGAGCCAGUGUACAGCUUCUGGGUCAUGUGGCCAGCAUGACUAAGCCGCUUCUGGCGAACCAGAGCAGCACAUGGAAACGCUGUUUACCUUCCCGCCAGAGCGGUACCUAUUUAUCUACUUGCACUUUGAUGUGCUUUCGAACUGCUAGGUUGGCAGUAGUUCCAGCCUAAUAUGGGAGAGAGAGAAAGUAAGUAAGAAAGAAAACUCAGGCAAAGCUCAAGAAGGACUUGUGGAAGAUUUGACUUUGCAACUUUGCUGUUGUUCGUUCCCUUUGGUAUUAUCUAAACCAAACUGAAGCAAAUGGCUCCUUUCCAUUACUUUGGUUCUCUGCCCUUCAGCUGUAGUACAAAUUGAAAAUGGAAGGAGGGAGGCGAUGGGCGGGGAAAUAGGUCCUUCCUUUCUGUUAAAUAACCUUGCAGACUUUAAUUUGAAACAAACAAAGCAUUUUAAAGCACUGCUCCUUGGGGGAUUGCACCGACUGUUACUAAAUUGCUGAAUAUUUAACAGUCACACACAUGCUCCAGACCCCAAGGUCUGUCCCCCAAAUGAUAAGCCCUUUUUUAUUAAAUGAACUUUAAUUACUUAAUAAUUAGGCCUUCUGUAGGGGGAAGAUGGGGAUCUUGAUAGGCUGCCAACCAGGCCGUAGGGCAAAUCAGGCUUGCGUGCCAUUUCCCGAUUAGAAUUUAAAAGCAGGUGUACUAUUCUCCGAGACCCUGGUUAGGAGACAAUCUUCCCUGAAGGGACAAAGACACAAUGUGAAGUUGAGCUGUGGAAGACUUUGUCUUGACAGUUGCAUCAAUUAACAGAGCAAAUGCUGCAGAAAAAAAAGUCAAAAAGGGGGGAGGAGGAGUUGGAGGAUGAGGCUCGGAUGAAGCAUGAGCAAGUCAAAUUUCUGGAUUUUGCAAUUCCAGAGCAUGGCGGUACAUAGGAAGUUGCCUUUAGCCAAGUCAGAGAAUUGGUCAGUUUAAUUCAGUACUGUCUACACCAGGGAAUGUGUGGCACUCCAGAUGUUGCUGGACUAUAGUACCCAUCAUCCCUGACCAUUAACCAUGCUUUCUGGAGAAGAUGGGAGUUGUAAUCUAACAACAUCUGGCAGCCAAAGGUUCUCAGUCCCUGGCAAUGGCUCUGCAGGGUUUUUGGUGGGGCAUAUUCCUAGUCUUUCCUGAAGACGUCAGGAAUUGAACUUUCUGCAUGCAAAGCAUGUGUUCUUUUCCUAAGCUUGAGACCCCCUCCAGUAACACCUGAAGGGAGACGUACAGUGGUACCUCGGGUUACAGAUGCUUCAGGUUACAGACGCUUCAGGUUACAGACUCUGCUAACCCAGAAGUAGUACCUUGGGUUAAGAACUUUGCUUCAGGAUGAGAACAGAAAUUGCACGGCGGCAGCAGGAGGCCCCAUUAGCUAAAGUGGUACCUCAGGUUAAGAACAGUUUCAGGUUAAGAACGGACCUCCAGAACGAAUUAAGUUCUUAACCCGAGGUACCACUGUACAUGUUUCUUCUACAGGGAUUGGCACAAGCUUGAGAUGUGAGUACUCUGUGGAGGGUUGCAUGAGCUUCCUCUUCUGCACAUCGCUCCAGAAGGACACAAAGAGCACACACGAGAAGUGGCCACCUACAAUGGAGCACAGGCCCAUCUAGUUUUAUAGCACCCUGUUUUCCAAUAAUAGCUUAUCAGAUGCUUUUGAGAAGACCAUAAGCAGGGUAGAAGGGCAACAGUCGUCUCCUGUUCCUUGCCUCAUUGCGCAGAGAUAUACCGGCUCUGAAUAUGGAAGCUGAUUGCUAUCCAUAUACCUGUAUUUGAAUAUUGUAGUUCAGUAAAAUAAAAGAGACACUUGUGUUAAGGUUUGCCAGAAUGCCCCAUUUCCUGACUUAUAUUUAUUUAGUAUUGCAUUCCUCCAAGGGGCAAGGUGGCAUACAUAAUUAUCCCUUUUGAGCUACGUUAUGCUGAGGGAUUGUGACUGGCCCAAGGUCACCCAAUGAGCUUCAUGACUGAGUGGAGAUUGGAAUCCUUUUCUCCUGGGUCCUUUCCCAACACUUUACACCACACUGGCUUUCCACUCCAGUCUUCAAUACAGAAAUCCUCUUGGCAAAAUAGCUUUUGUGUUUGUUUUAUUAUAUAUCCUAUGGUUUUGAAAACACACUUUUGAUUGACAAAGUGUUGUCUUCCAAGACAAAUAAUACAUGUGCAGAUAUCAAGUCUUGUAUGGCAUCAAAACAAACAUGGAAAAUCUUACAUUACAAAUUCAGCUCACAUCCACAGGGUAUACUUCAAUCUUAAGCAUUAAGACAAUUCUCCAUAGUGGCUGCUGUGACAGAAGGGAGAUUACUGUACUAUUUUUAAUAAAUGAUAUAAAUUGAGACCAUACAGCGUCGAACCCAUCUUUCUUUGUUACCACUCUUGUCAUCCUAUUAUUAUGAAUUAAGCGCUCCUUAAGUGCUAUCUUCCACACAUAUUGGGUCCAGGUUUCUGUGGUGGAAGGUGGUGCUUUUUCUAGUUGGAAACAAUGGUUUGCCUUAUUGCUGUCAUGAGAAAGAAGUUCAACUCUUUAUGCUUGACCAUUGGAUUGAUAGAUUUUUUUCAUAAACAUCAAGGCUAGCAUGGGUUCGGGUACAAGAUGCUGCCUUAUAAUGGUGAAUGGUAGUGGGGGGAAAUGGGUCUAGAAGUCUUUAAGAAAUGUACACUCCCACCACAUGUGGAAAAGCAUUCCAUUAAGCUUAUGUCCUCUCCAGCAUGAAGAUGGGAAAGUGCAAUUAACUCUUGAAAGGUAUAGAAGUGUCCAGUGCCAUCUUUAAAGAGACUUCAUGCAAUUUAGCCAAGAUGGUAACUCUGGAAGUGUAUACUCUAUACCAGCAAUGUCCAACCGGUCGACUGCAAUCGACAGGUCGACCGUUGGGGUGCUCCAGGUCAAUCACGUGAGUAAAAAAAGUGAUUGCCUUCUUUCUCAUGAGCGAUCGUGACGUGCCCCACCCCCUGCGCUAUGCAUUGUGAAAGCUUGUAAUCACUGAGCCUGCUUCAGAGUGGUGGAAGGAGGAAGGGUGCUGGAGCGCCGGGUGAUUGAUUUUAUGCAAUCCUCCUGAAAAAAAGCUCAAUAGCUCUGUCCCCCACCCCAAAAGGUCAACAACUCUGCUCACUCCCCCCUAAAAAAAGCUCAACAACUAUGGGCAGUGACAAUGGGUAGAUCACUGCCAGUUUUAUUAUACUGGGAGUAGAUCGCAGUCUCUAUAGAGUUGGACGUGCCUGAGUCUAUACUGACCAAAGUUAGCUUCCUGGUGUAUAUUGUACUCUAGGAGGCUUGGUUUGGUCAGAAUCAAAGUAUACACUUCCAGAGCUAACACUAAAUGCAUUACUAUGGGUAAAUGAGCCACCAUAGACGCUAGUGGGCUGUGAAAAUUUGUGUCUCAGGCUUUUUAGACUCGUCUACCCAUGUGCUAUCUGAAACCAAGGGGGCACAUUGGUUGUCAAAUUUGAUUCCCCCCCCCCCAGCUUUCCUACCCCACUUCUACAAUAAUUACUUGGUAGUUUUAUUUUCACUGUAUUUUUAAAAUGAUCCCUAUUAUGGAAUUCACCUUUUUCACAGCUGCCAUGCAUCUUGAUGGAUAUUGUUCAUAAACUACUUCUGAGCCAUAGUUUCGUUCAAAAAAUAUGGUACAAAGUAAAUAGGUUAACCUAAUUUAGACUUGAAGAGCAAUUAAGUGAAACCAAACCAGCAGGAAACAAGGGGAAAAUACACUUCUGCAUUUUAGAUCUUCUUUUCAACUAGUGUUUUGUUUCUGUUUCCACAGGUCCGUUGAGGUUUCUAUCCCAGACAGACUCCGUCACAGCAUUUACAGGAGACACUGUUUUGUUAAAAUGCGAAGUCGUGGGGGAACCUAUGCCAACCAUCCACUGGCAAAGGAACCAAGAAGAUCUGGUUUUGAAUCCUGGUGAUACCCGUGUGGCAGUUCUGCCUUCUGGAUCUUUACAAAUUAGCAGAAUUCAAGCAGGGGAUGGUGGGAUCUAUAGAUGCCUUGCAAAAAACCCUGCCAGUUCAAGAACUGGAAACGAGGCAGAAGUCAGAGUUUUGUCAGGUAAGAAGCUUUAAAAAUAUAUGUAAAAUCACUCAUUAAAGUUAUGGCAUUGAAGUCUGAUUACAUCUGGUUUGCAAUGCAAAUUUACCCACCAAUAUGUGAAUAUCUUUAGAAGUGAACCUGCGAAUAUUGACCUUUUUUUGCAAUUUAAAUUGUAAGUAUUACGAGCUUACGUGCCUGGUUUGUGCCACUGUGGUCUCUUCACAAGGGCAGAGCAUGCAACAUGUAAAUGUGACCUUUGCAAAAGCAAAUCCCAUGAAUACCUUCCCAGAGCACUGGGGGGAGGGGAAAUGUCUUGCUUCAAGAAGAACCAACCAACCAAUAUAUGGUGUUCUCAACUGCAGCCUUUGAAUUUAUUUCCCAGCUUCUCAUGGGACCCUGGAACUAUUCAAUUUCCGUCUUCAUUUCUGAACCACUAUGUGGUCAAGGUGGGGUAGCGGGCUUUGUGCUGACCUACUACAAAUAAAUAUAAUUUUGAAGUACUGGUGUAAAAACAACCAAAAACAAAAACUGCAGAUCUGUUUGAUGCAGAUAAGAAAAUAUUGUUACUCAGUAUACUAUAUAUUAUUGGGGAGAGUCAAUGUGGUCCAAAUGAGGGAGUGUUGCAGUAUGAUAUUGGAUUUAAACCCCACUUCUGCCUCGAAUUUUGGGUAACCUUGGCACUGCCAUUCACUUUACUUCAGUACCUCCUGCUUAAAAUGGGAUUAAUGGUCUGGUUGCUUGUAGAAUAGCUUUGAGAGGUGCCUGGGGCAAACUUACCUUGUGAAGCAAAUAUGCCACAGAAAUAGUUGGCAGUAACAGAGUUAUUCUCUCCAAAUCUGGCAUAGCAACACAGGUACAUGUUUUGUGCUUCUUGAACCUAUAAAUGAAAUGGAAGCGCAGCUACCCUUGGAAAUUCACACUUCUCAGAGCUCUUUGAUUUCUCCAUCCAAAAUGUGUACACCAAAGUGCAUGCAUUUGUGAAGACAAUGUACAAAACUACAUCCUAUUAUGGGGAAUUCGCCAGCAAAAAGGUUAAUAUUGGGCAAAGGUGUGUCUAAAACUGCAGACAUUCAGAGAAAUGUACGCAAAAUGCAAAAGUUUUGAAUAGUCUUUUUUAAAAAGAAAAGUAAACUUCAUAAGUUGAUACAGAAAUGGAAUUCAAAUCUACUUGGUACUGAGCUGAAGAUGGGGGAAAAUAAGAAUCUGAAAGAAACUGAAAGUGACAGAUUCAUCCAUCCCUGUCCUUGCUAAAUAAACUCUGAAAUAUAGGAUGUUUUUAUCUGAGAGAAGUAAAGUUUGACAGUUUCAGACUUCUGCUUUGUUUUCUGACGGGUUUCCCCAAAGAGCAAUGGUUUUCAAUGCACUAGCUAACUUCAUUUGAAAUGCCCCUCACUUCUUCAGGGCUGAGAAAUGUCAUUUGGACCAGGCAAUCUGAAUUGACACUUCCAAGACUUGAGGAGAAAUAACAGUGGUUGUUGAAUGGUCCAACAUGCUUUCAGCACUAGAGGAAUAUUUUCAGGCAUAGGAAGAGAACAGAAACUAAGAGAGGCCUAGGGAACUUGAUAUGGCCAACUGGUCAAAUCCCAGUCUCCCCCAUCACCCAAAUGUGACAUAUAGGUGUGACUACCCUCCUGUCAAUCACUGGUGUCAUAAUGACACCCAAAAAAUGACACCUGUCAAAAUUCAAAGAAGGUUGUCAAUCAACUGAUUGGCGCUGGGAGGAUGCCUUCAAAGAGGCUCCCUCUAACUGCUGAUCAGCUGAUUGACAGUUGCAGGGAACCCCUUUAAAGUCCCCACAAAUGGCCAAAUGGGAAGGCUUGAAGGACCUAAUUUGCUCCAUGGGCUGGAGGUUCAACCUGCCACUGAUGCAUUAUUUUCAAUUACCUCAAUUUUUAAAAGCUUUUCAUACAGGUAUUUUUUUAAAGAAAGCAAACAAAUAAUUGAGGACCGUGCAGCUCUUUUGUGUAACUAUUCCCCCCCAUUUAUUACUAACGAUAUUGCAUCAUCAUUAGCGGAAGAUGACAACGAGCCUUUUCCAGUUUUUGUUUUCCUCGAGUCUUUUCUCUUUUGUCUCUUCACUCCUAAUGGAAAGAAUUACAAUUCAGAGACAAUUCCAAGGCAAUCAAUGGAGCAAAAAUGAAGAAAACCUUGUUAGUCUAUUUCUUGUUUAACAUUCUGGAGUCAAUUGGCUUUUUAGAUGAUUCACUUCUAUGCAUAAAGGUGUUAAUGGGGAUGGGGGAGGGAGAGGGGAUGAGAUGGAUACAAAGCAGCAUUAAGAACAAUAAAAUAAAAUUGCCAUUCCAUCUACAAAAAACACCCCCAACAAAACAAAAUAAAACCAGAACAAGACAACAACAGGCUUUGCAUAUAAAGAGCUUGAUGGUUGUUAAGCAACAGCUACAUUAGAUGAGCAGAAAUUAAAACUUCACAGCUCCUUAAACACCACAUAAAGCACCCCGGGUCCCAGUCAGCACUGGAAGACUUCAUUCCCAUUCAGGAGAACUGCUUUAGCAUUUAAGCACAAAGGCAUCAUCAUUAGGCUGAAUAAAUUCUCUGAGACAUGUCUCAGUUAUAGCGACCCUCCAUACCAAAAGUCUAUUUUUUUAAUACCUUAUAGAAAGGCAUUACACACACCCCACAGGCCUGUUGGUGUGUGUGUUUAUAAUCACCCUAUAAAUCUUGCUCUGUGUUUGUGUGUGUCGUGGGAGGUUCAAGAAAGUGGUUAAGCUCACCCACACAAAACAGUACUUUGAAGCAGAGUUGUUUUACUUGGCACACACAAAACACACACUCUAUAUUUACACACUGCAUACAGGGUACACAAAGGCUUUUCUCCUGUCUGGUUCCAGAGGGGUUUCUGUACUUCAGAGUCCUUGCUGAACAAAGUCCACAUCCAAGUUCUAAGUCAAUUUGCAGAGAGUCCUGCCACGACUCUGAGUCCUGAAGUCUGACAAUUCCCCAAGUCUUCUUCUCAGAUGAGCUCUUCUCAAAAUGUUCCAAUAACUCUGCAGCUCCACAAGGACCCACUUCUUCCUGAUAAUGACCAAUGACUCAUGUCCCAUGCAGUAAUCUGAGCCCUUUAAAUAGAAAGGUAUUGUCAGGGAGAAGACAGGAGUGGCUGGCGUGCUCUGGUCCAUGGGGUCACGAAGAGUCGGACACGACUAAACAACAACAACAACAUUGUCAGGGAACUGCCAUCAGUUCAGGUGGGAGAGAGGAAAAGCCGGAUGGAUUACAGAGAGCCCCCAAAGAUCGUGGAAAGCAGCUCCUCCUCGCCAGGGGAGAGUAACCACACCUCCAGUGGAGAGGAGCUGUAGGGUUCGGAGGAGGCGAGGCGUUGCCAGGACACCUUGCCUGGGCAAAGCGGGGAGGGGAGAGGUCCACCAUUACCCACGCCCUACUUGCACAGUAAGGUUUCACGCAGAGAGGGGAGGCGCAGACUGAGCAUCAAGAAAUUACUUUGCUGGGGAAAGUUUAAGCCCCACCCACUCACGGAUUCUGCCAGUGAAUGAGUCAGCCACAGGAGAGUGGCACUCUGGACAGAUAAAUUUUAUUUUGCAUCAAAAGCAAGGCUUCACAGCCAAGCAGGGAGGUACUUGCCUGCUUGCUCUCGAGCAACCCCUUGGAAACCUAACAGGUAUGUACCUAAUCUGCCCAGUAAUACUAAUGAGGAAGUCACCAGAUUCAGCCAGGUACAUCUCAGGAAUGAGCUAGCUCUUUCCUCACUAACUAAUUGACUUAGAACUUGACUCCCACUAACACACAUACCGCAACAAGCAUUUUUCUACUGUCUACUAACAGCACAUUUUUAGGCUUUCUGCUCUAUGGGCAGCAUAACCAAUCCACCAAGAAAAUCUCCAUUACAAGUAACAUUGAUAUUAAUAGUAUUUUGUAUGGGGUUCUUAGGCAGUUGCCAUGGCCCUUUAGCACUUCUUGGCUGCCGUGUUUUUCAAGCCAGACCACGGAGACUGCCAGUCUCUUUACUGAGCCAAUUGCAAGCAGUGUCAGCUGGUGUGACACGAAGUCUGUCCUAUUUUGCUUCUGAUACCUAAUCACAACUGAUUGCAUGCCUUCUUACAUUGCAAAGAAGACAAAGGCUGGGACGGGACCCGUGGAUAUGUUUGCCAUUCACUCAAUAGAUGUAUUAAUCCCAUGGUAGGUGAUUUUGAAUGUUCUAAUAACAAACUAUAUCUGAAAGUCACCUUGAAAUGUAUGGAAUUGGUUCAGUUGAUUAAUUAAUUGCUUUAAUGGGAUUUUAUGAAACUGAGAUGCUUAUUUGGGCAACUUUUUAAUUAGACUGAACUAACUUCCCUUUAUAAAACAAUAUUUGGAUGAGCCAGCUCAGCCCAGCAGUUCCAUUGACCAAAGCAUUGCUUAGAUCCCCUAAUUAUUAUUAUUAUUAUAAUUGCUUCCAGCGGUUUGAGACCUGUGGGCACUGCCCGGCUAUAUAUAUAUAUAUAUAUAUAUAUACACACACACAGUGGUACCUCGGGUUACAUACGCUUCAGGUUACAUACGCUUCAGGUUACAGACUCCGCUAACCCAGAAAUAGUGCUUCAGGUUAAGAACUUUGCUUCAGGAUGAGAACAGAAAUCGUGCUCCAGCGGUGCGGCAGCAGCAGGAGGCCCCAUUAGCUAAAGUGGUGCUUCAGGUUAAGAACAGUUUCAGGUUAAGUACGGACCUCCAGAACGAAUUAAGUAUUUAAUCUGAGGUACCACUCUCUCUCUCUCUCUCUCUCUCUCUCUCUCUCUCUCUCUCUAUAUAUAUAUAAAAUCAACCCCACAAUAUUUGGAUAUUGUAACCAGUGGAGGCUUUUCACUAGAGCUCCUGUGUGCCCUCCCAAUGAGAAUGUUAGGCAGUUUUGUAAAAAUCCCCUCCAAUACCAAACCCCACUCCUGUCCUACAAAACGAAUUAAGUACUUAACCCGAGGUACCACUAUAUUGUCCUUUGUUCUUUUUCUCUUUGCUGUUUGAUGCUAGAAAGAGAGGGAGCCAUGUUGCAGUGCUUUGUGUGUGUUUAUAUGUAAAUAAAAUAGCUUAGCCAAAAUGCUGAGUUGCUGAGGUCUGUUACGCAAGCUGUGAAGACUGAGGAUUCCUAAGUGUGCCGAUGUCUGUUGGCAUUGGUUGCUGUGAUGUUCAGGCUGAAGAAAGCUAAUGAAGCUCCUGAACGAUCGACCAGGAGGGAGAGAACAUGCCAGUUGGGCAUGUGUCUCUGCCAGGGUCCUGCUUGAGUGUAGGACCAGCUCCUGUCUUCUUAGCUAUCUGUCUAUCUAGCUGAAGCAUAAACAUCAUGAAGUUUUCUAUAGGACUGAGCUGACACUUCUCUGAAAUGAAUUCUCUGGUGGUGGUUGCUGCUGCUGCUGCUUUUUCGUCAUCAAGCUCCUCCUGAACAGUAGGAAAAUUCAGCCUUUCCCCAGAGAAUAUGAAAUAAAAUACCCUGCCCCAGUUUCUCCACCUGUGAAUAGAAAAGAUCCAGUUUGAUAUUGCUUAAUAUUUCAGCAAGCCCCACACUUGGAUGGCUUUCAGUGAUGAUAAUACAAAUUCAGAAAGGAUAGGGCCAUCAGUGGCUACUAGCUAUGAUAACUAUGUUCUACCUCCACUGUCAGAGACUUCCUACUUCUGAAUACCAGUUGAAAAUGAGCAGAGCACUGCUACGUUCCUUUCCAGCUUGCAGGCUUCCCACAGGCAUCUGGUUGGCCACUGUGAAAACAGGAAGUGAGCUAUUGGCCUGAUCACACAGUCUCUUCUUAUGUUCGUAAGCAAUGAGCUUGGGUACAUAGUCCUUCCAACCCUCCUUUCUUAAGGCUGCAUUCGACUCAGUCAUACCCAAUGGAAUCUAGGGAGUCAAGUUAGUCACUCCCAUCAAUCUCAAAAGGUCCACUCUGAAUAUGACUUAUUUGGGAUCAACCCAUAGCCCAUGUGAACUAGCCAUUUCACUUGAUGAAUCUCCCUGAGAAACAACUCCCAAGUUUGCCAUAACUUUAGGUCCCCCUCCCCUUUUUUGCUGUCAGUUCUAAAUAGGAUUCCACACCCAUCCCUAGAACUUUGUUCCAAUACAAGCAUUAUUCACUCUGAAUGACAAGAUAGGUGAACAAAAAGAAACACAGACAUGACCACACAUCCUUUGGCAGUGAGUCACUUUGGGAUGAAAUUGCUCCAUGAACUCACAAGAAUAAUAGAGUUAUAAGAGCCAGAAUGAAUAGCUGUCGGGAAAGAGCUGACUUUCACUCUGUCUACACAGAGCACAUUGACCUGUGGCCAGGUGAGGGUUUUGUCCACUGACGAUUAAAGAAAUCUGCACCUGUGUGAUCAAUCUGAGAUUGAUAGGAUUGCUGUUCUUUGCUUAAGAUAUGCGAAGCACCGGCCUGAGUCACAGCAAGAGGCUUAAGGGUGUCAUGUAAUUUGGAGCUGAAUCUAUUUGAAGAAGGAGAUGAUACUCAGAGGUUCCACAGCAGACUGAACUCUGUGUGCUUUGAUGCGAUGGUUGGCGGAGGUAUCGCCCAAAAGGUUACCUGACAAACGUGGGACUUUAUUGUUUGCUUUGAUUCACUUUGCAAUGUGCAGGCUUGGAAAGCAAUCAAAAAGAACAAGGAGCCUGUUGCUGGGUGUUUUGCUGGCUAUUUCAAAAAAGUCAGCCCUCUUCACAUCUGAAACCCACAUACUUCCUAACUGCCCCACUCUCGCUUCUGGUUUAUCUUUGCUUCUCAGUAAUAAUAAUAAUAAUAAUAAUAAUAAUAAUAAUUUAUUAUUUAUACCCCGCCCAUCUGGCUGGGCCUCCCCAGCCACUCUGGGCAGCUUCCAUAGAAACCAAAAAUACACUAAAAUAUCACACGUUAAAAACUUCCCUGAACAGGGCUGCCUUAAGAUGUCUUCUGAAUGUCAGGUAGUUGUUUAUCGCUUUGACAUCUCGUGGGAGGGCGUUCCACAGGGCGGGCGCCACUACCGAGAAGGCCCUCUGCCUGGUUCCCUGUAGCUUUGCUUCUCGCAAUGAGGGAACCGCCAGAAGGCCCUUGGCGCUGGACCUCAGCGUCCGGGCAGAACGAUGGGGGUGGAGACGCUCCUUCAGGUAUACUGGACCAAGGCCGUUUAGGGAUUUAAAGGUCAGCACCAACACUUUGAAUUGUGCUCGGAAACGUACUGGGAGCCAAUGUAGGUCUUUCAAGACCGGUUUUAUAUGGUCUCGGCGGCCGCCCCCAGUCACCAGUCUAGCUGCCGCAUUCUGGAUUAGUUGUAGUUUCCGAGUCACCUUCAAAGGUAGCCCCAUGUAGAGCGCAUUGCAGUAGUCCAAGCGGGAGAUAACCAGAGCAUGCACCACUCUGGCGAGACAGUCUGCAGGCAGAUAGGGUCUCAGCCUACGUACCAGAUGGAGCUGGUAAACAGCUGCCCUGGACACAGAUUUGACCUGUGCCUCCAUGGACAGCUGUGAGUCCAAAAUGACUCCCAGGCUGCGCACCUGGUCCUUCAGGGGCACAGUUACCCCAUUCAGGACCAGGGAAUCCUCCACACCUGCCCGCCUCCUGUCCCCCCAAAACAGUACUUUUGUCUUGUCAGGAUUCAACCUCAAUCUGUUAGCCGCCAUCCAUCCUCCAACGGCCUCAAGACACUCACACAGGACCUUUACCGCCUUCACUGGUUCUGAUUUAAAAGAGAGGUAGAGCUGGGUAUCAUCUGCAUACUGAUGAACACCCAGCCCAAACCUCCUGACGAUCUCUCCCAGCGGCUGCAUGUAAAUGUUGAAAAGCAUGGGGGAGAGGACAGAACCCUGAGGCACCCCACAAGUGAGAGCCCAGGGGCCUGAACACUCAUUCCCCACCACCACUUUCUGAACACGACCCAGGAGGAAGGAGCGGAACCACUGUAUGACAGUGCCCCCAGCUCCCAGCCCCUCAAGACGGUCCAGAAGGAUGUUAUGGUCGAUGGUAUCAAACGCCGCUGAGAGAUCCAGCAGAACUAGGAAACAGCUCUCACCUUUGUCCCUAGCCCGCCGGAGAUCAUCAACCAGUGCGACCAAGGCAGUUUCAGUCCCAUGAUGAGGCCUGAAUCCCGACUGGAAGGGAUCCAAAUGGUCCACUUCUUCCAGGCGUGCCUGGAGUUGUUCAGCAACCACUCGCUCAAUCACCUUGCCCAAGAAUGGAAGAUUUGAGACUGGGCGAUAGUUGGCCAUCGUGGCCGCAUCUAAAGAUGGUUUUUUAAGAAGCGGUUUAAUAACCGCCUCUUUCAGUGGGUCUGGGAAGGCUCCCUCACGGAGGGAAGCAUUCACCACCCCACGAAGCCCAUCGCCCAGUCCUUCCCGGCUAGCUUUUAUAAGCCAGGAUGGGCAGGAGACAGGUGGUUGGCUUCACUUGUCCAAGCAGCCUGUCCACAUCCUCGGAGGUAACAGAUUGGAAUUGAUCCCACGCAACUUGACUAGACAGGUCUCUAGCACUCUCCCACCCCGGCCCUGCUCCCACGGUGGAGUCUACUUCUUCCCGAAUCUGAGCGAUUUUAUCUGCAAAAAACUUUGCAAAAUCAUUGCAGGAGAACAUGUGGCCCGUACUGGGCCCCGAUGUCGCAGGUGGUUCCGCUAAAUUGUGAACCACCUGAAAAAGUCUCCUGCUGCUGUUUUCUGCAGAUGCAAUAGAGGCGGUGAAGAAAUUCUUCUUCGCCGUCGCUAUCGCCACUUGGUAGGCUCGACAUUGAGCUCUAACCUGUGUCCGGUCAGAUUCGGAAUGAGUUAUCCGCCACCGGCGCUCUAGCCGUCUCAACAAUUGUUUCAUUGCCCUCAGAUCCGUGGAAAACCAUGGGGCUGUCCGGGCUUCAUGCAAUCGGAGAGGGCACUUCGGAGCCAAACAGUCAAUAGCUCUGGUUAACUCCACAUUCCAGCGGGCCACCAGGGAAUCAGCUGAAAGGCCAUCAACAUGGGAUAAAGCAUCCCCUACCAGGAUUUCAUCUUUUGUCCAGGACUCCUUGCCUUGCCUGUGUGUGUGUGUGUGUGUGUGUGUGUGUGUGUGUUUAAUGAGGCCCUUCCUAUUGUUUUCGAUUCCCCUCAACACUUUCUGUCGGCCUCCUGUUUUCUCUUCCCCUGCCUUAGAUCUGAACACCUCUGCCAGAGACAUGGCUUAGCUGAGGUCUUACAGAGUGCACAGCUCAGGAGUUAAACAGCUGCCAUGAAUCUCCACCAGCAUCCCCAGGUGUGGUGGGAGAGACUCUGCCUGAAACCCCGGGGAGCUGCUGCCAGUCAGUGUAGACCAGUGUUUCUCAAAUUUGGGUUUCCAGCUAUUGUUGGACUACAACAUCCCUAGCUAGCAGAACCAGUGUUCAGGAAUGAUGGGAGUUUAGUGCAGCAACAGCUGGAGACCCAAGUUUGAGACCAUUAGUGUAGACAGUGCUGAGCUAGGUGAACCAAUGAUCAGAUUCAGUAUAAGGCAGCUUCUUGGGUACCCCUCUCAGGGUCUAUCUCCACCACCUGAGGCACUGCAGGGAUGCUGCCCAGCCUUGGAAGCAAACACUUAUUGUCUCUUGGUGGAUUCUUGAUGCACCAUGAGACAGGAGUGUGCCCAGCUGAAUCAUUCUUAAGGAUGUGGUUCUGUGGUUCACAUAAAUCAGGCUUGAGUUCAAAUAAGUCCAUGGGUGUGAUGACUCAGAGUCAGGUUCAUAGCUAUCACCUUGGGUUAAGUAUCAACAAAACUGGUUGACUUUUUUCAGGUGGUUUCUAUGGUUUUAAGCCUUGGGUAUCAUUCAUGGCUAGGGCCAUGACACUGCUUGCCCAGCACAUUGCCUGUGACAUCAGGACAGCUCAACCAAAUCACUACUGUUUCCAUAAAAUCCCAAAGCACUAUCAAUGGUAUCUUCUAGAGCAGGUGUGAGGAACUUUUGGUCUUCCAGAUGUUACUGAACUACAGCUGCCAUCAACCAUGACAGUUGGCCAUGCUGGCUGGGCCUGAUGGGAGCUGUAUUUAGCAAUAUUUGGAGGACCACUUCUAGAUCAUUUUUACCCUGCUGUUCAGUGAGCUUACAUACAAUUUGAUAACAAAACAUAUAAACUGUUUUGUGACUGUGAACUUCUCUUGUGCCAGUUGUUUCACAAAUGAAUGCAGGACAGAGUGAGGACAAAUUGAAAAAAAAUGAGAUGGGUUACUAGAGAGAGGACCUUUUCAGUAUUGGUACCCCACAGUGGUCUUCCUAGUGCCCACUUGAUGACCUUUUUAGGUGCCAGGUGCAUGCAUUUUCAGUCUCUCUCUCUCCCCUGCUUUUUAUACAUAUAUUUUAUGGACGUCAUUUUCUGUUGCUAGUCCUAUUCUGGGUGAGAUUAUAAUUUCCUUUCCUAUUUUAUGAUUUUUUAGUAUUUACUUGGGAGCCACCCAGAGGGCACUUGUCAUUGGGUGGCGUAUAAACAUUGGAAAUAAAUAAAUAGACAAAUGAAUGAAUGAAUGUAAAUAAAUUAAAACACUAUGUGUUUACAAACUGAAAGACAUUACAUAAAAUGGGAGGGUGGUGAGAAAGGAAGGGGGGAAUUGAUUACCAAUAGUAGUUCUAAAGUCAGCUGGAAUGGAAACCGUUCAAAGACAGAAGGAACUCAGUGGAGUUCGUCUUUCAGCAGACCCUCUCCUUUCCAUCGCUUCUGUGGCUUCAGCCUGCUGACAAAUGACAGCUGAAGGAGAGACAUCUUACUGGGCCUGGGCCUUUCAGUGGAGUUGAUGAAAUGUGUCCUGCUUAUUCGCUGCAAGUCCACUCUGCAGUGUAUGGGGGAGAAAACAAACACACACACACACACACACACACACACACACACACACACUAAACAUGGGAUAAUGUGAAGAUCUUGCUAUGCAUUCUUUGCCUGUGUAAGAGACUUAAAAUAUUUAAAACCACCAAAUGCACUUGAGUGAUAAGCAGCAAAGGCUUCUCUUUUCCUUCCUUCCUAGGCUUGUUACUUUUUCAAUUCAUGUAUUAUGAAUACUAAUAACCCGGCCUUCACCGUGUGGUCCAAGGGCAAGGAACAUAUGGAAUCAAUCUAGCAAAUGAAAACAACAUACAACAUAUGUUAUGUGCAAGUUCUGCCUUCCAGCAGAUUGAGGUGUUCUCAGAUUCAUAGAGAUAUAGGAAGCUGUUCAGAUCAUUGUUCAAUCUUACUCAGUUUUGUUUACACUGAUUGGCAGCUACUGUUCAGAGAUCCAGGCAGGGCACAUUCCCAGUCCAAUGUGGAGAUGCCAAGAAUUGAACUGGUGUGCAAAGCAGGUAAAGGUAAAGGUAAAGGGACCCCUGACCAUUAGGACCAAUCGUGGAUGACUCUGGGGUUGCGGCGUUCAUCUCGCUUUACUGGCCGAGGGAGCCGGCGUACAGCUUCCAGGUCAUGUGGCCAGCAUGACUAAGCUUUCGAACUGCUAGGUUGGCAGGAGGAGGGACAGAGCAACGGGAGCUCACCCCGUCAUGGGGAUUCAAACCGCUGACCUUCUGAUCGGCAAGCCCUAGGCUUUGCGGUUUAACCCACAGUGCCACCCGUGUCCUGUAUGCAAAGCACAGACUCCACUAUUUAAUAAUAAUAAUAAUACCACCUCAUUUUGAGAAGAAAUACCAAGCCAGUUCACAAACAUGCAAAAGCCAACAGCAGAAUAGCAAGCAAAACUGAAUUAUAAAAAUAUAACUACCCAUAAUUAAAGCACGUAGUAGAACAAUUUCAUUAAAAUAUCCAUAAUUAAAAUGUAUAAUAAACAAGCUCAUUAAAAUAGCAUAACAGUUAAAAUGAUGAUUUCUGCCCCCCACUCUUUCCCCUCCCACAUGCUCUGCCUCUUUUAUAAGUUGCAAGCCUAUGGCAAGAACUUGUCAGCAUGCCAGGUCCAGAAACAAAGGAGCCCCAUGGUUUAUAGACAAAGGUGAACACCUUUUCAAAGCUACUCACAAUAUCGUAUAUACAAAAUAAAAUGCAAGGUAAAACAGUUUAGUGAUACAAGAUGUGGCCAAGUUGUACUUCAAGGAAAGCCUGAAUAGAUGUGUAUGUAUUGACCACAUGGGCAAAAAUGGUUCACCUGGUGUCAUUCUAAUGUCAGGCAAUUGGCAGCUGUUUGCACCCACAUGGCAAGCUUGGCCUAUGGAGGUGGUGGAGAUAAGAUUCUGGUCCAUGAGCAUUAUCCAGCUCCCUACCCAUGUUCUUGAGGCACCAAAGCAUAAUGCUGUGUGUAGGUGUUUACCCAGUGUCCAAAAGGAAGGAAUUAUGUUAGGCAAGUGCUAGUGAGGUCCUGAGAGGCUAGCGCUACAUUCACACUUGAUGAAUGGCAGCAAAUUAUGUCAGAACUUGAAGUGAGGGAACAUGUGAUGCUCCACAGGUGAGGAACACUUGAGAAAAUACUAAAUCAGUCAGCAUACUCGACCUGGCUCUUUUGAUGAAAAUUAUGAUGCUCAAAGACAUGCAUCUUCAACAACUAUCUGGCCUUAGCAAUCUUUCUGUCCAUUCUUUCUUUCUUUAUUCUUUUCUAUUUCUCUUCUCUUUAGUGGUCCAAAUUCAACUAAGCUUUCCCAUCUCAAAUUUCCUUUUGACCUGUUAUCCCUGGGAGCGGACCAUUACCUCUAUGGGAAGGGAGGGGAAGCCUUUCAAACCAUAUUCCCUGUAUAGGGGAGUUUUUAAUGUUUAAUGUUUUAUUAUAUUUUUGUAUAUGCUAGAAGCCACCCAUAGUGGCUGGAGCAACCCAGUCAGAUGGGCGGGAUACAAUUAAUAUUAUUAUUUAUUUAUUUUCUGGGCAACCUUCCAUGGCUCUCUAGAGAGUGAUGUGAGUGGUCAGAGGCAAAGUGGGCAGGGCAUAAAACACACAUGCUUUGAGCAAUGGGCUAGUUUGUACACAAACUCACACACAUUUCUCUAGCUUCCAUCCAGCAGCACUAUCAAGAGUUCAAGGGCACUCAUGCAAAAACAACUGGGAGAAAAUGUAGGGCUGAGGCAAUAUCUCCCCCAAUAGCCCACACUCUGGCGACUAGCAGAAAGUGCUGUGUAAGCCAUUUAUGCCAGAAAGUCAGUCACAAGAAGAUGAGCUAACUGGUGUCUUCUAUGCCGGGAAGUCCGACACGCAUCUGUCAGACGGGGUGAGCUAACUGUGUCUGUUUUUAAAUUUGCACGUUUGCAGUUUGGGCAAGAAAUCUGCACAUGGUCGUAGUUUGGGGCAGACAGGACAUGAGGUGGGGGAAGCUAAAAAGUUCUGUUUCUCUUGCCUACAUGAGUAUGGUUCUGCUUUCUUUCUUUCUUUACAUGAGUAUGGUUCUGCUUUUCUUUGAGUAAGCCUGUAAGAAGUUGUUUGUCGCAUACUGUUAUGUACUGAGUUGAAUAGGAUACAAAAUGCAGCAGUCUGAUUGGUCCUAGAACAAUAGGAUUCAGAAUGCAGCAAUCUGAUUGGUCCUAGAACAAUAGGAUCCAAAAUGCAGCAGUCUGAUUGGUCCUAGAACAAUAGGAUCCAGAAUGCAGCAGUCUGAUUGGUCCUAGAACAAUAGGAUCCAGAAUGCAGCAGUCUGAUUGGUCCGCAGGAGCCACCCAAUCCAACUCCAGGUGGAAGUGAAUCCGCAAGCUGAUUGGCCUACAGGAGAAUCCCUGAAUUAGCCAAUCACGUGGGGCCCAUUGUGUAAAUAAUGUAUAUAAAGCAGGCAUUUCAGGGGAACUUCCAUUCCUCACUACUGUGAACUGAAAAAAGAGCAUGAAAUCCACACUCAACUCCUAGUAUAUUUCACAUACUAUAAAAGGAAGCUAUAGAGAACAAGGAGGGGCUCAGACUUUGGGAGAGAUCCCACUGCAGCCCCUGCACAGGUGAAUAAAUUCUGACCCGGUGUCUGUCUUUAUUGACAAUAAAGGGCCAGUGAGGGGUGUGGGUUGGGGCAAUAGGCUGUGACCUUCAGAAAGUUCCAGUGGCCACAUAAAGAGGCCUGAAGAGGCAGGUUUCCAGGUCUGAGGUUUCCCAUCCCUGCUUCGUGGCUUCUCACUGACACCUGGUUGGACACCAUGGGAUCAGGUAGAUCAGUGCUCGGCUCCAGUAUGGUGAAACGUGUUUAUAUUGAAAGAGGUAUUACCACAUAUUAACCUGUCUUGGAGCCAGGAAGGCCAGCCUGCAUGCCACAGAGAGCAGAGUGUAUCCUUUUCUUCACAAACAAGGAAAAAACAAUAACAAGCACUUAAUAAUAAUAAAAAAGGAGCCUGACUUUGCUCCAGUGAACAUUAACUCCAGAGUUCAUGGAGUAUGAAUUCAACAUGCUUGAUUGGAUUAAUGCAAAAAAAUAAAUAAAUAAAAAUGUUAAUCUAAUAUUUUUGUCUUGCCUCUGGUUAAAACAGCCAUAAAUUUGAUAAUGCAUUUUUGAAAACACUCUCUGAGUGAGAUCACAGUAUGAAUUUGAUUAUCCUUUUACCUGCUUAUUGCUUUAUCCUGUUCCUUAUCACAUCAUUUAGUUGGCUUUGUGGAGCCUGGCUUGAAUUUCCAUCAUGAGAGCAGGGUGGGGAGGGAGUCAGACCUCCAGACAGGUUGCUCGCACUGUGGUUAUACACCUUAAUGCAUUAUAUAAAUUGAGAGAUGAGUAUCGCUUUAAUGACGGAUUUCUCUAUUGUGGUUUACAGUAGGUUUCCUUCCCUAGUUGGAUUAGCAACACAGCCCCCAAGGCCCAAUGGCCAGGCAUUCAAUUUGACAUUUCCAUUCUGACAAGAUAGAAAAGAAAAGUCCUGUUUUGCCUUUUGGUUUUUAAAGAUGCACACAAAUCUUCAUCUUUUUUUCCAUCUUUUUUUUUACAAAUUAACAAAUAUAAAUCAUCCUGGGAUGCUUUUUGUCGAUAGAUCAGGGUGAAGAUGCUUUAAAGAAAUAAAGAGCUUGUCAUAUUCUCCAGCCAACCCAAGAGAAGCAGGAGGGAACUCACUCAUCUCUAACUGUGUUGUGCCUUUUAAAAUAACAUCACUGGUCUUGCCUCAGCCUGCCUGCCUCCACCCCUCCUGCCUUGCUAGUGCUUUUCGUCUGUUGUAGAUUUUGAAAUGCAUACCAUCCAACAUUUCUCCAGUGAAAAUAGGGAUGUCCAGUGCUAUUAUUCUAGAAAAAGAGGUGCCAGAACUCACCAUGAAUGCCUCCCUUGUUCUCUUAUAAUGGCAAUGGUGCCUGCCUGAGAGGUGCUGGAACUGAGUUUUGGUGAGUUCCAACUGAAAAAGAGCCCUGAGGAUGUCCUAUUCCAUACCUCCCAACAUUUUCCCAGUGAAAAUAGGGAUGUCCAGUGCUAUUAUUCUAGAAAAAGAGGUGCCAGAACUCAUCAUGAACGCUUCCCUUGUUCUCUUAGAGAGCCAGUGUGGUGUAGUGGUUAAGAGUGAUAGACUCGUAAUCUGGGGAACCGGGUUUGCAUCUCCGCUCCUCCACAUGCAGCUGCUGGGUGACCUUGGGCCAGCCACACUUCUUUGAAGUCUCUCAGCCCCGCUAACCUCACAGGGUGUUUGUUGUGGGGGAGGAAGGGGAAGGAGAAUGUUAGCCGCUUUGAGACUCCUUCGGGUAGUGAUAAAGCGGGAUAUAAAAUUGAAAUUGAAUUUGAAAUAUUUUAUUGUCACUUGUACAACUUGUAUACAGUGAGAUUACACGAGCACCCACCCACUCAGCUCUCUUAGUCUUAAUUCCCCUCGUUUAAUGACACACACACACCAAACCCGAAAGUCAGUUGCCCUGCUGUUAUCUUUUCAUUCAGCAGCCUAACAGCCCACGGAUAGAAGCUGUUCUUUACCCUGUUGGUGCGAUUAAUCAUGCUUCUAUAUCUUCUGCAUGAGGGCAGGAGAUCAAGAAAGUGCCAGCCAGGGUGUGAAUCAUCCCUGAGAAUUUUCCUCACUUUCCUGAGGCAACGUUCUUCUGCUAUUUCAUCCAGUGGAUUUAUGGGACAGCUGAUAAUAUCUUGUGCUGUAUUCACCACCCUCUAUAGGCACUUCCUAUCAGAUGAUGUCAAACCAGCAUACCAAACCGUGAUGCAGUAUGCAAGGACACUUUCUAUUCUUGACCGGUAGAAAGAGAUCAUCAGGUGUUGAUUGACAUUUGUUCUUCCGCAAGACUCUGAGGAGAUGGAGUCUCUGUUGGGCUUUCUUAACCACCUGGGUUGUAUUUAUUUUCCAAGUAAGGUCUUCACUGAGAUAAACUCCUAGGAAUUUAAAGGAAGAGACUCUCUCCACACAGCCCUCCCCGAUGUACAGCGGAGCUAGUUCUCCUCUCUUCCUCCGAAAGUCCAACACCAUCUCCUUUGUCUUGCUGAUAUUAAGGUGCAAGUUGUUCCCUAGGCACCAUGUAGAUAUUUUUUGGACCUCCCCUCUAUACGCUGAUUCGUUUCCACCUGUUAUUAAGCAAUGUUAUUAAAUCCAAACUCUUCUUCUUCUUCUUAUGGCAAUGGUGCCCACCUGAGAGGUACUGGAACUGAGUUCUGUCGAAUUUCAACUGGAAAAAAAAGCCCUGGGAUGUCCUAUUCCAUACGCUCCAACAUUUCUCCGAUGAAGAUAGAGACAUCCUAUGGAAAAGCAGGACAUUUUGGGAUCAAAUCAGAAACCGGGAUGGCUUCUGUAAAUCUAGGACUGUCCCUGGAAAAUAGAAACACUUCGAGGGUCUGGAAUUGAUGGCAGGGACUUUUCUGUUUUAUUGGUCUAGGAGCAAAGAAUCAGGAUGAUUGCAUGACAGAGUUGAAUCCUUUCCCAAAGGCCCUUUUAUCCUUGCUAGCGUCCUGCCUCCAGCCUACUGUAAUUAAUAUGUCACAAUCCUACCCAUCCCCCCUGUUCUGUACAGAAGUGGUGAUCAGGUGGAGUCACCCUGUUCACCCUGUGGCUUCUCAAACGAGCAGCAGCUAUCUGCAAAUCGGGAGGGUGGCACUGGGUUUCACAUCCUUGUAGAAACCCGCAAAGGCACUGAGGAGCAAGUUACUAAGUUCCAAUUUUAACCAGUUGCACAUAGUGAUCUGCACUAGAGAGCUUUGGGCUUUAUACAAGAGUAUUCAGGAGAUGGUAGGUUUUCCGUUUUAAUCACAUUUAGGAAUGGGGAGUAUGAGGCAUUCUGUCUCAUCAGUGUCAUAUUAAUGGAACCUCGCUAGGUUGCUAGGAUGAAGUGCUGCUUUGCAAAACAAUGGAAUCAAAUUUGCACCAGCCUAAUGCAUUGUAUUUGUUGAUUAUGUUUCAGUGGAAAUUGCAAUUGUGGCAUGGUAGUUGGCCUUCAGCUAAACAAAACUGCCUGAUGCACUCCAACAGGAAGUAAUUCCGGGCAACAAAGAAAGUUGUGCAAUUCUCUAGCAAAAUAAAUUGUUGUUCUGAAUGACUCCUUCAACUUUCAUGGUUCUGUGCAGUGUGACUCAAAGCGAGCAGUGACAAAUCAGUCUCCCUUGUGAAGCAUCAUCCAUUUAUCUGGAGUAGUUACAGCCAAAUUCCAUAAAAUAUCCCGGCCCUCUCACACAAUAGUAGACAAUUCCUCCUUUCAACGAACACAAAAAGGGCUCCUGUUAUUACACUUCAAUUUGAUUGCACAUUAAAAAACCUUCCAAAUCUUUCUAGUGUUGUAUUAUACUGAUGUAAAGCCUUUCCUUGAUUUAAUUAAAGAAUUGUGGGUUGAUGCUUUACUUCUCUGUCCCCUUUCUCAGUGUUUCAUUUUGUUUUUUGCAUAGCAAGUACAUUCAUUUAGGCAAUCGGCAAUGCAGGGAACAGGAAAGUUUUAAUGAUAAUGACAGAGCAUAUUAUGUUAAUCAGGAGGGGGGAUCUGAUAUACAUCUGGGAUCGAGAUGCUUCUGUUUUGAACUUCUUCUUCACAGAAAAUAUGGUAGUGACUGCUGGGUCUAGAAUGAUGGCUUGCCUACUUUUGAAAAUUCGAAGAAAAUGGGGGAUGGAACCACAGAGUUACUGUAUUUUUCGCCCUAUAGGGCGCACUGGCCCAUAGGACGCACCUCAAUUUUUUUGGGGGGGGGGAAUGAAUAAAAAAAAUAUAUUCCCCCCCCAGCCAUGGCGCUGGGGCAGGGGAAGCCCGAGCUUCCCCCGACCCCAGCCCCCAAAACAGGCUGCUAUCCGCAAGCCUUGCGAGCCCGGGGGGAGUUCCCCGGAUGCGUAAGGCUUGCGGACACCUGCGCGAAGCAUGGGGCGUCCUCCGGAGGGAGCCCCAUGCUCUGGGCUGCAGGCUGCCGCCCGCAAGCCUUGCGCACCCAGGGGAUCUCCCCCCCCGGGCGUGCAAGGCUUGCGGACAGCUGCGUGAAGCACGGGGCGUCCUCCGGAGGGUGCCCCAUGCUUCGGGCUGCAGGCUGCUGCCCGCAAGCCUUGCGAGCCUGCGGGAACUCCCGCUGGGCGUGCAAGGCUUGCGGAUAGCUUUCUGAAGCCUGGAGAGCGAGAGGGGUCGGUGCGCACCGACACCUCUCGCUCUCCAGGCUUCAGCGAAAGCCUGCAUUUGCCCCAUAGGAGGCACACACAUUUCCCCUUCAUUUUUGGAGGGGAAAAAGUGCGUCCUAUAGGGUGAAAAAUACAGUAGGUUACUGCUAAAUCGUGUGUGUGUGUGUGUGUGUGUUCAAUGGGGAGAUAACAAAAUAAAGUUUGGUUCUCAUAACAAAUCUGUUCAGGUGUUAACUAAAAGUAAGUAGGGUGGGGGAGCUUCUUAAGUGCCUCACUUUGGAUCUGAAAUGACUUCUAAUUCCCAGUCUGUACCAGAUCCAGUGUUCUGCUUUCCAGUAUAUAUGGUGGUUUUUCAGGGAUUCCCCUCUUCUCUGCAAGGUGUGAAGACACUUAACAUUACAUUUCUUAAUCUGUGCUCUGGCUUCGCCAGUAAGGCACACUGCUACAGAUCUCUAUUAUGAGCAAGAGCCAUCCCUGAACUAUACUUUCUAAACUCUGAUCUGUGUUCAGUAUCCGGGCUGUCAACCAAGUGAAAAAUAUUGAGUUGCAUAGCCAUGGAAGCUUUUUGGGAAAUUCCUCCCCCCCCCCUUAAAAUAUGCAUUUCACCAAACCUCAUUUAUUUAUUUGUUUUUUUAGGAACUGGAACUACUGUGAGGCAACUAGCACUCAUGGUUAAAAAGGAAAUAUCAGAUUUAAUAUUUUAUUUUUCAUUCCCUAUUGGAGGAAAACGCCAGAACCAAAACACAGCUUUGCGAAAUGCACGAGUACGGCAUUAACUCUCAACCUCGCCAAUUAAAAUUUACCCUUCAUUAAUCAUUAAAAGCUUUAGUUGCUGGAUUUGCCCAUUAAGCCUAGAAUCAGGCUGCAAUCCUGCACCCACUUACCUGGAGCAGCUGGACAAGGGAAUGCAGGAUGUGGUGAUGUCAUCAGUUGGAGCACCGGGGUUACUGAUGAGUCUCCUUGCUCCGGCAAGAAAAUAAACUCUAAGAGUUUAAGUCAUAGCAAUCUUUGCAAGCUUGUGUGCAUUUCUAAUUAAAGGCUUAAGGUUACAUUUCAGUGGGCAGGAGAUCUUUUGCUAAAGCUCAAUUUGUUUUGCAAGUUUAAUCCAUACAUUCGGAGGUAAGCAUCACUGAGCUCAAUGAAGCUUACUCCCAGGAAACUAUACGUGGGACUGGAGCCAUGCUGCUGGGAAGUUUAUCAUAUGCUAGGACUCCAUGAAAGUGUCACAAUUUUUCAUAGCAUUUAUUUCUACAGAAGCCUGCAUUUCUGGAUUCCCUAUGGGGGAAUGUCAUAAUGCACUUGUAUUUUAAAAUUUACCACUACACCAAUGCCUGGUAGUAAGUUGCAUUAAACUCAGUAUGACUUAUUUCUGAGUCAAACUCUGUAGAGUUACGCUUUCAUUUAGUAUGUAAAUCGCUGUUCGCUUCUCUGGAUUCAAAUGUUUAUCCUGUAUUUUGUUUUCUGCUGUCUUUCUGCUCCCUUAUUCUAUAGUGUGUGUGUGUGUGUGUGUGUGUGUGUGUGUGUGUGAAUUUUCUCUCUUGCAGUGAAACGGAAGAUUUCCCACUGAGAAUAUUUAAAUACUCCUCCCCGCUGCUCCUAAGACAAAUGGUGUGAUUAUUAAGUAAUAACCAUUCCUUUUCCUUUCGUAGAUCCCGGCUUGCACAGGCAACAAUUUUUCCUGCAGAGACCGUCAAAUGUGGUAGUUGUCGAAGGGAAAGACGCUGUGCUGGAAUGCUGCGUCUCUGGCUAUCCAGCCCCAACGUUUACGUGGCUGCGAGGAGAUGAAACAAUCCCAUUCAGGUACCUAGUUCCUCAGUUUACAACAAUGCAUUGGGAAGAGCAAAUCUAGAAUUCUGCUGCUCGCUUUUGGAUCAGCUGCUUUGUCCCAUGUGGGAACACCAUUGCUGAAAGGAGAGAAAAUUAUAAGUCUGCCGGACCCCUACAUAUGGGAAGGAGUGAACAGCCCUCCCACUGAAUAUAAUCGAUCAUUCAUGCUUAUGAUAUUGUAUAAUUUCUUUUUAAAUUGACGUGAGCUACCAGGAACAGUGGAGAGGGUGGGAUGUAAACCUUCUAAAACUAACAAAGCCAUCCUACCCAUUCCCUUAUUUUAAACCAAGUUUUCUUGCCAAUAUUCCAGGUCCAAAAAGUAUUCAUUGCUGGCCGGCAGUAACUUACUGAUAUCUAAUGCAACAGAUGAUGAUUCUGGGACGUAUACUUGUGUGGUCACCUACAGGGAGGAGAACAGUAGUGCUUCAGCUGAGCUAUCUGUUUUGGGUGAGUACAGAGAAUUCUAUAUCUUUUGCGGAGUCCUUUGCAGUCUGAAAAAGUCCUUUGCAUCUGAAGAAGGAUUCACUGUGCUUCCAGGAUGGGUAUUUAUUGUGGAGGCUCACACAAAGUGUCCAGACUACGUCACUGGCAUAAAAAUGCUGGCUUAUACUGUAUCUUCUCCCCACCUUUAAUACGAUUUAUACUUUCAAGGGCUAAUCUGAUAAGUGAAAAAACAAAAACCUGUUACUUGUUUGCUAUAUCACAAUGACUGGUUUGCAAAUUAACUGGAACACCCUCAGAUUUCUUUGUUAUUAUUUGGGUUUUCUUUCUGAAUCUCAGUCAAGUUGAAAGACAUCUUCGCAUGCCUACAAUGUCAUGAAAAACAUUCAAUUGUGUUUAUUCUCAAAUUGAAUUCCAAAUAUUGUCUCUGUGGUUGGGUGAUUUUUUAGCUCUGUGGAUAAGAUGAUUUUCCUGUGUUUGCUUUCUUCCUCAUUAUGUUGAGCUUGUUGGGUUCCUUUAUUGCUGUUUAGUCGUGUCUUUGUGACCCCAUGGACCAGAGCACACCAGGCACUCCUGUCUUCUACUGCCUCCCGCAGUUUGGUCAAACUCAUGCUGGUAGCUUCGAGAACACUGUCCAACCAUCUCGUCCUCUGUCGUCCUCUUCUCCUUGUGCCCUCCGUCUUUCCCAGCAUCAGGGUCUUUUCCAGGGAGUCUUCUCUUCUCAUGAGGUGGCCAAAGUAUUGGAGCCUCAGCUUCAGGAUCUGUCCUUCCAUUGAGCACUCAGGGCUGAUUUCCUUCAGAAUGGCUAGAUGCACCUGACCUUGGCAGGGCAGCACUGAUGACUGGACUCCAGCAGAGGUCAGAAAGGGAAAACAUCCUGGGGAAGCAUUGGACCAGGUUCAAACUCAAGCUCAACCCAAAUGUUCCCAGGGGCUCUGGCGUGGCCCUCACCCCUGGAUGGGGAUCAGACAAAAGCAAGGCGAUCCCCUGGAUUCCUUUAAUGGAAUACCUUUUGCGCAUUGGAGGGGUAGGUGUGACAACAUCCCCUCCACACCACAUUGAACCAAUGCCUAACCGCCAAACCUUACGCAGUUGUGAAGAUUUGGUACGCGGCAGGAGAAACCCAACUGGUGCCAGCCAAUCAGCCAAAUGGGAAAAUUCCUACUGGGCCCCUGUCCCCAAAACAGACGACCCACGGCGUCAUAUCAAGGUCAUAAUGAACCCUAAAUAUAGGGAGGCUGGGCGGGUGAUCCGAUGCACGAGGCAAAAAGAGGAAGCUCAACGCAACGUGCAGCGGUAUAUACAGGUCCCUCAGUUAAUGCAUGAAACGAUCCCAUUGGCGGCCAGAAUUACCCCAGCAACCAAGGGACCACCAAUCGGGUUGUUGUGGCUAUCCAAUCACUCCCACCCACAACAGCAGUGAGGGCAGUCUUGAUGAUCUCACCGCAACACAUGCUAUCUGGGAGGAGGACACGAUUUGCCAAAAUGUGCCAUUAUACACUCAACAGGAUAGCAUUCAUCCCUAAGCAGAAACAUAACUUUUGCACGGUGAAAUAUACUCGGAGUCAAGGAUGGAUUUCAUGCUCUUUAUUCAGCUCAUAGUGGUGAGGAGGGAAUGGAAGUCCCCUCAAAGUAUCUGCUUUAUAUACAUUAUUUACACAAUGGGCUGCACAUGAUUGGCUAAUUCUGGGAUUCUCCUGUAGGAUUCAUUUCCAUCUGGAGCUGGAUUGGGUGGCUCCUGUGGACCAAUCAUACUGCAUUGUUCUAGGACCAAUCAGACUGCUGCAUUUUGGAUCCUAUUGUUCUAGGACCAAUCAGACUGCUGCAUUUUGGAUCCUAUUCAACUCAGUACAUAACACACGGGCUGAUUUUUCUGAACCUGUGUGGUCCGAUUGCAUAUCAGCUCAAAUCCUAGCAUAUCCCUGCAUCUGUGGAUAUUUCUGCCUCACCAGAAAGGCCCCAUUGCAUGGAUUCAGGGUAGGGAUAGUGUUUUCAGAAUGGGUAGAUGGCAUAUUGGUGUGUAUGUGUGUGUGUGUGUUAGUUCACACGAUCCUUUCAUGUGUGUCUAUUGUUCCUCAUUCAAAGUGCUGCCUGACUUGUUGCUCUUGCUUAUCUCUGUGGCUUAUCUGAAUGCUUACUGCCAUGCUGGUGCUUUUCUACCCUUCUCAUCUAAGUGCUUUCUUGACUUGCUAGCUCUUAUCCUUCCUCUUAAUCUAAUAUCUGACUAGCUUGCUGGUGCUUAUCCUUCCUCCCCAUCUGAAUGUUUCCUGGCUUGUCAGUGCUUAUAGUUAGGCCCCAUGCUUGUAUACUUGCUAACUUUAACAUUAGCCCCUCGGCUUCCCAAUGUUUGUUCAUGAUCACCAUCUAGCAACUUCCUGGCUUGUUAGGGUUCAUAUUUCUUGCCCUUCCCUCUAACUGCUGAUUGCUUGCUGAGGCUUAUAACUUGCACAUUAGUCUGCAUCCUAGGAUUGUUCUAUGCUGAUGUACUGCUUGGUUUCCUGGCAGAGCCAUCCCUAGCAUUAGGCAGAGUGAGACAGCUGCCUCAGGCAGCAGGUGGGUGGGGCAGCAGUUCUCCAUCAUUUCCCCUGAGUCCCCAAAGCUAGCUUGCUCUACACCUCCUAAGCAAGCCUGCUGCUUUCAGCUACUGUCAAGGAUGUUAUCCCACAGCCUGGUUGGUGGUUUUUUUUGUGUGUUUUUUUUUGGCCAUACAAUUUUUUAUUAAAUUUUCCAAACAUUUUCACAAUAAUCUUUAUAUCAAAUAGUUACAUCCACAAAUUGACUUCCCACCCACCCCCACUCCACAGUGUUUUUACUCAAACCUUUUCUACUGCAUUAUAUCUUUAUCUAUUACACAAAGUUCCAGUGAGCCAGUGUGGUGUAGUGAUUAAGAGCAGUAGAUUCGUAAUCUGGUGAACCAGGUUCACUUCCCCGCUCCUCCACAUGCAGCUGCUGGGUGACCCUGGGCUAGUCACACUUCUCUGAAGUCUCUCAGCCUCACUCACCUCACAGAGUGUUUGUUGUGGGGGAGGAAGGGAAAGGAGAAUGUUAGCCGCGUUGAGGCUCCUUCAGGUAGUGAUAAAGCAGGAUAUCAAAUCCAAACUCCUCCUCUUCUUCUUCUUCCUCUUUUACAAUUAUUUUAUUGUUUUUCUGCUGCUGCUUUUAGCUCGAAUCCUGCCCGCGAUUUCAUUUGACUAUAGUAUUUUUGAAAAAAUAGUCCAUGGAAGGCCUCUAUUAUUCUAUGAAAAGUUCACCAUAGCCAGUAUUGAACUAAGAUUCAGCUGCUAGUUUGGUUGGAUUCUGUACAUGGAAUGGCAGGGGGCAAAACCUUGUCCUGAACCCCAGGCACCAAAGUACCUUGGGCUUGGUCCUGCUUCCCAUGCUUUAUGGUUAUUCCCAUAAAUUCUUGACACAUAAUCUAAAUGUUCAGCAGAUUUCUAAGAGUUCAGCAGAUUUCUCUUGUUUCUCUUCCCAGGUUACUAAUGCUUACCUGAAAAGGAAAGGGUCAUGGCUUUGUGGCAAGAUGCAACAGGUCCCAGGUUCUAUCACUCACAUCUCUAGGUACUAGAGCUGAAACCCAGGAGACCCCUGCCCAUCACUGUAGACCAGGUGUGAUGAACCCUUGGGUCUCCUGAUGUUGCUGAACAAUUUCCAUCAUCAGUAGCCAUUGGCCAUGAUGGAAGCUGUAGUUCAGCAACAUCAAGAAGGCCAAGGUUUCCCCACUCAUGAUGUGGACAAUACAGAAUUAGAUGGACCAGUAGUCUAACUUGGCAUAAGGCCUGUGGAUUGCUGUUUUUUUUUGUGGGUUUAUUGCCCUUUCAUUUGUUGAUACCAACAUGGUGCAGCAACAGCUUGCUCCAUUUUUUUUUUUUUUGCAAAUGUGCAAGGUGUGUAUUUUCCACAUGCAUUUCAUCUGUGCAAACAUCAUCAUCAUCAUCAUCAUCAUCAUCAUUUUAUAAGUAUGCCGCCUUUCCACAGUUAAAGCAAUGCUCAAGGCGGCUUACAAUAUGAAAAGAUUUACAUAAUUAUAGUGGUACCUCGGGUUACAUAUGCUUCAGGUUACAUACGCUUCAGGUUACACACUCCACUAAGCCAGAAAUAGUGCUUCAGGUUAAGAACUUUGCUUUAAGAUAAGAACAGAAACAGAAACCGGUGCAGCGGCAGCAGGAGGCCCCAUUAGCUAAAGUGGUGCUUCAGGUUAAGAACAGUUUCAGGUUAAGUACUGACCUCCGGAAUGAAUUAAGUACUUAACUUGAGGUAAAGAUACCCCUGCCCGUACGGGCCAGUCGUGUCCGACUCUAGGGUUGUGCGCCCAUCUCACUUAAGAGGCUGGGGGCCAGCGCUGUCCGGAGACACUUCCGGGUCACGUGGCCAGCGUGACGAAGCUGCUCUGGCAAGCCAGCACCAGCGCAGCACACGGAAACGCCGUGUACCUGAGGUACCACUGUACAAACAUAGCAAAGUAGUCGUCAAAAUAAAUAAGACACAUUGAAAACUACAAAACCAAACUGAACAGUUUCCACAUAAAAAUAAAGAUACAAAAAGUUAAUAUCAGUAAUAUCAGUUAAUAUCAGUAACAGCAGCAAAAACUCGCAACGAAACUUUCCCGAAAAGGCCCAAGUCCUUGCUGGGCAGAAGCCGCAGCAGCAGUUCUUAUGAGGCCAGUCAAGCCCCACCCUAGGCCAGGUGGAGAGAGGUAGGAACAGGGCCCUCAGGCACUCAGCAGGGGAGUCCUCCCUGGGCAUGCAACUUAUGCUUCUGAAAAUGAAAAUUUUAAUUAUUCAUCCAAUUCCCAAACUUCAUCUCCUGGUAUUCCAGACGACAUGCAUCUGCCUCAGUGGCGUAGCGUGGGUUGUUAGCACCCGGGGCAAGGCAAGUAAUUUGCGCCCCCUAACCCGUGGAGCCAGGUAGGGGCAGAGAGCUGCGAGUGCGAGCGCCCCCCCCCCAGAUGUCGCGCUCGGUGCGGCCGGCCCCCCCUGCACCCCCCACACUACGCCACUGAUCUGCCUUCACCAGAGCUGUCCCCACAAAAACCUGCUUUAGCACAUAUAUUAGUGGACCAGGGUGCAUAUAUUUACUGCCACUGUCAGGAGGAAUAGCUUUGACUGAUUUUGUCUCUGGGUCCAUAUCCAGGCAUCAUGCACGGCAUGGCUGUGAUGCAACAUUUUGAUGCCAGCGGUUACCACACAGAAAUAACAGUACUCAGGGAAAAAAUUGGAAGCACUGUUGUUUUCCGUGCCACCUGCUGA